CACCCAGACCAUUCCCCUACAUUUACCCCUGACUAAUGCACCUAACACUAUGGGCAAUUUAGCAUGCAGGAAGUUUGUGAAGUUUAACUAAUUUUCCAGAACAUUAUCCACGCCAAUCAAGAUGGAACAGUAUUUAUCACAGAAACCUGUGUGAAUGGUCACUCAGUCUCUGUCAAUCAUGUCGUUGUGUCCCACCUCCAGAUGCUGUUGCAACCCUGUUGCCAUGGGAGACCCUGGUAACAGUGCAGCCGGAGGCAAGGCGAUAGUUUCAGGCCGGCAGUCGCCCAGCUCAGAGUGUGAGCUUAUUGCUGGCUGGACCUUUGUCCUCCUCCACUCGCCCGCUCCCAAUGUCUGGCAGCAGAGGGGCGGACUCGGGCUCCCCGGUCCCGGAGCUGAUCGAUGUUAACAGUAACCGUGCGCUGCGCUCGCUGGGCCGGGUGUCGAGCUCCCCAGCAGCCGGCCACCGAGUGCCCGAGCUCCAAGAGCAACUUAAUGCAAUGAAGCGCCAACUGACCGAGAAAGAUGAAUUAAUUGCCACACUCGCUGGUGGAAGGUGUCGGAGCAGAUUGGAAGCUCAGAAGGGAAUCUUUGACCCAAUGGUGGAAAAUCCAGUUUUACGUGACCAACUGAAUCACUAUCGGGUAGCUUCUGAAACAGCUCGCAGUGAACUGGCUGCACUGCAGGUCAAAUAUAAAGGCAGUCAGACUGAGCUCACAGACAUUUGUCUGAAGCAGACAUCUCAAGAGGGCUAUAUCCAGGAGCUAAAGGCAGAAGUUGAAAGCUACAAGAUGGACAACACGAGGCAGCAGUCGCUCAUUGGUUGCUUGAGAGAGAGAAUCCUGGAAUCUGAGGAGAAGUCCAGAACACUGCUUUCUUCAAAGACUGAAACGGAAGUAACUCUGCAGGUUUUACAGAACGAGAACAAGGAACUCCGACAGAGGAAUACAGAAUUAGAGAGCAAACUCAGGAAACAUUUAAUGGAGUGGGAUGUGGCCAAGCAGGAAGACACAAGAAGAAUUAAAGAGCACGAUGAAUUCUUGGAGAAGCUCAGCCGUGCCAUCAGUGUUGAUUCUAGAGCAGGAGAGCAUCAUCUGGAUUUGCUGUUGUCACAGGCCGGGGAGUUGUGUAAAGAGAACAACAGGAAGAAUAUCCAGAUUAGAAGCCUCGAGGAGACCAUCGGUGCCCAUGACAUGGAGUCAAAAGCCAGCCGGGAAACUAUCAUGAGGCUGGUCUCUGAGCUGGGUAGGGAGCAGAAAGCUGUUGCCUCCUACCUGCAGGAAUUAGAUACCAUUCGUAAGGACUUGGACAAUGCACUGAAUGCUAAACACCACCUUGAAAGAGAGAACAGAAGCCUCCAGGACAGGCUGGACUCAACACAAAGAGCAUGGGAAGCCUCCAAGUUAGAAAUAAGAAGCUGGGAACAGCGUUCCAAAGAGCUGGAUGGGAGUUUACUGACCAGUGUGUGUGAGGCCAAAUCAGUUCAUACUCAGUUAGAGGCAUUCAAGCAUCAAUUGGCUUUCCUACUCAACAAGACAGAUGUGAUAGUUCCACCCACUGAAGAUGCAAUCAAAGAAAGAAUCCGUGACGUUUGUAACAGUGAGGAAGCUAGCAAACAGACAGUGUCACGGUUGGAAGAGAAUGUGACCAAACUGACCGAGCAACUGGAGAGGCAGGUGGAUCUGCACCAAGCUGCACUGCAACGUUGCACCAAGGCAGAUCUGGGACUUUCAGAACUUCAGGAGAGAGUUCGAAUCCUGGACGGAAACCUGCUAAGCGGAGAUGUGCUGUGUGAUACCUUGAGCCAGGACAAACAGAAAUAUCUGAAGUUCUUGGAGGACAUAGCGGAGAGGAUGAAACUGGAGAGGGUGACAGCAGAGAUUGGCUUUGAUAUGCAGCUGGAUGCAAUUCUUGCCCGGGCUGAUCAGCUGGUUAAAAUGGAGAAUGAGGCCAUUGUUGAGAACAAGACCCUUACAUACAACCUGAAGAGAAAGCUGAAAGCCCAGAAAGACAAGUUAGUUAGCAAAGAGCUGCACAUGGACCUGCUGAGGAGAAAGAUUGCACAACUCGAUACAGAGAAACAAACGCAGACUGCACUGGCGGUGGAGAGAGACGAGGCCAACUUAACUGUGCGGAAGCUGAAGAAAAAGGUGGAACGCCUUGAGAAGGAACUCGUUGCAGCACAGUCCUCUAGCUUAGAUCUGAAAGCAAAACUCUCUGACACUCAGGAGCUUAAGAUCAAAACGCUGGAGCAGAGCAAAACGAUAGAUGAGCUGAAUAAAUCUGUGAGGAAGCUGGAGACCUUGAAGGAAACAGCCAUAGAAAAGCUCAACGCCACAAAAUCAGACCUGGACUUCACUGAGCUUGAGGCAAAGGAGGAGAAAGAGCGAGCCCAGAACAUUCUGGAAGCUGUGGGCAGCGAGCUGAAGACACUCAAACAAGCCCUGCAGGAAGUGGCCAGAAGAGAGAGACAGCUGUUGGAUUUCCGGGAGGUUGUCUCAAGGAUACUGGGCCUGAACGUUAAUACCCUUGCACUUCCUGAGUAUGAGAUCGUCAAACGGCUGGAAAAGCUCGCCCAAGCUCACCACACAUCUGCCGUGUCGGCGCUGUGCCUUGAGAAUUCGAUGGGUAAACUACACCAGGGUUACGUGGCAGGGUGCGAGGCCAGGCAAAGGUUGGCCAGCAGUCUCAACCAUCCAGGGUACAAGCCCACGCCUGCGUUGCCGGCACGAAGACCGAAGAGCAGCACGUAAGAAGCUUUAGAAAUCGAAGAACAUUUGUGAGCAAUAUCCAGAUCAUGUUCGGAUCAACCACUUUGAGAUAUUUUUGGCGUCCGCCCUUCUCUUGUGAUGCUCUUGCAACCUUAAGCAUAAGUGGCCAGCCAUGGUUCAGUUAGUAACCCCCCCGACCCAUGUCAGAAGGCCGUGGGAUCAAGGCUACUCCAGAAAGCAGAGCAUGUGAUUUAGGAUGACAUGCACAGUGCAGUACUAAGGGAGUGCUGCAUGGUUGGUAGUACCAUCUAUCAUUUGAGACUGAGGCCCUGAGCUGCAUGCAGAAGAUUCUCAAAACUGUUUAAAAGAUUUGGAGGUGCCGGUGUUGGACUGGGGUGGACAAAGUUA